GUGAACUGCACUGGACAAACCUCAAGGCUAUUAAAUGGCUGGUUUCUGGGUUUGUCUUUGUUUUGCUACUGAUCUUUCACAAGAACAACAGAGGAAUGAGGUCUUAAUCAUCCAAAGAUACAGACAGGAAAGAUGUUGCGAAGAGCAACAUUUGUUCAUAACUCAACAAGACGCACAUACUCUCCAUAUGGACGUGCGAACAGACAACAGGGCCAUUCAGAAAGUGUGCAAAACCUGAAAAAAGCUGAAUGGGAUAGAGUUGUUCAGCAGCACCCCGUGCUAGGUCUGAUUAUUUCUGGACUGCUUCCACAUACCAUUGUUGGAGAGCCUGGCUUUUUACAAUUUUUCCAAUCUUUAAAGUAUAAUUGUUUACCAACUGACUUUAUACUCUCAGAGCUUAAAACAUUGCAUAUAAUAUCAACAGGAUUUGUGCAAGACCAACUUGAAAGAGUGAAUAAUGUCGCACUGUCGUGUGAAUUAUGGAAAACCACUACAAACAAAACGUAUAUGACUACUACUUGUCACCUGAUCGAUGACGCAUGGACUCAGAAGUCAUUUGUUUUAGAAACCACACCCCUCCCUGAAGCGUACAAACCUAGCAAUGUUGUUGUACAGCUUUUCAGAAUAGCAAGAAACUGGAGAAUUGAAAAUAAGAUUAAAGUGGCCAUUACAAAUGUUGAUGGGGUGAGGAUGGAAUUGAAAAACUAUGGAUGGGAGCACAUACCCUGUUUUGCCCACACACUAGAUGUUGUCUUUAAAAAAACACUUGAAGCGUCCUCAGACUGGAAAGAGCUUAUUACAAAAUGUUGUGAUAUAGCACAGUAUUUUUCUCAAAAAUUUGAAGCACAGGCUCAACUUAAAGAGAGACAAACAAGGCAUCGGUUGUCACCAGAUAAUCUAAUUGAGUCAAAUGGUGAUCAAUGGCUUUCUACACUGAAAAUGCUAGAAAGAAUUACAGAGCAACACAAAGCCAUAAGUGAAGUACUCAUUUUAAGCAAUAAUGACUUCUUUUUAACAGAGUCGGAAAAUGAAGACAUCAAAAAGGCAAUAGCAUGCCUCAGAGUGUUCCAGGGUGUCAUGAUGGCAGCCGAUACAGGAAAGCGAUAUCAUUUACUGUCAAAAGUUAUACCACAGAUACAGUACAUGAAACAGAAACUAAGAGAGUUGGAGCUGAACAGAAACGAGUUUGCGAAGGAAUUAGCUGAAUCGUUUAUUCAUUUUGGUGAAAUCAAAGAAAAUGAUUGGCUAACACUGAGCACAACACUUGAUGUGAGAUACAGAGAUAAUGUGCUCUCUGAGAGGCUGGCGCUGCAGUCAGCGCAGUCGCAGAUGUCAUCAGCGUCUGGGGACGCUCACGAGCUCUCUGGCGUUGCUGCUGCAUUUGGCUAUCUGAGGAAUUAA